AUGGUAAACGGCACCACUACGGUGUUGGAGCCAACCUUCACAGGCUAUGUUGCGACAACACACGAUGCGCUGAUUCUCUUCGAGGCCUGUUUGACUGGAGUCUUGCACCAUGUGCCCCGGCGGCCUCAUGAUCGCGAGCGCAGCCAUCUGGUGCGCAGUGGGAGCGUCUUCAUCUACGAGGAGAACUCGUCGGGCAUCAAACGAUGGACAGACGGGGUCACCUGGAGUCCUAGUCGGAUUCUGGGCAAUUUUCUGGUCUAUCGCGAGCUGGAAAAGCCGUUCCCCCCAGGCGAGAAGAAGAGGGCGAUGAAGAAGACGAACCGUCGUCCGCUGCCCCCAGCACGCCCAGGAGAGCCGUAUCCGCGACAGGAUAACAAUGGGACCUACUCCCCGUCAUCAACAGCCGGUCCGUUUGGCGAGAGGUCGCACCAGUCAGAUGUGGAGAGAGCCCUGGUGGGUUCGCUGGUGGAUUCAUACGGCUUCAAGGAUUCCGGCUUGGUGAAGAAGACGAUGAGCGUGACCGUCUCCGGCGUGACCCAUCACCUGGUCUCGUACUACAGUGUCGACGAUGUGAUCCGAUCUGUCCUGCACCCGCCAUCGACGGUCGAAUCUCUGCGAUACAUUCGUCCUCGCGUGGAACUGACGCAGAAGCAGAGCUUCCGGGCUCCGAUUGAUGAUCUGGAAACGGUGGGGAUCGAGAACCCGAACGAUCCUACCCAUGGGCUCUUCCCCUAUCGCUCUCCGAUGGUCCCAGCCCCAGGCUAUUCAUUACAAAGCACCCAUCCCGAAUUCUUCAUGCACACGAAUCCGUACGUAGCGACCCAUGCGCCGCAGUCCAAUGCGAUUCCCGGAUACUCAAUGGGUGGCUCGAUGCCGGGACAGCCCGCCCCGAAUCCUUAUCUCCCGACGCCCACGGCUCCAACGCAGAUCCCCCAGAAACAGGAGGAUUACUCCCAAUUCCGACAACCGUCGUUUGGGACCGGGUUUGACCCUCUCACCCAUGGCUCUCUGUCGUCGUCUGUUCAGUCUGGUCUGAACGCAUCUCUUCCCAGCUCCCUGAGCGACCGCGCGCGAUCCCAGUCGGAUCACAGCCAAUCGGCAUAUCGAAACUCGUCCAUCUCCUCCAGAAGCGUUGCGACCGAUGCGACGUCCCCGAUUGACCCUGCGACCCCGGGUACUUACUCACAACGGGGAAGCUUUAGCCUGGCAGCCCAGCUCGAUGGAUCAUCGCAUCCGUCCUUGGAGCAACGUGGAUUAAGCUUCGAUGCCAGUAUCCCGCGUCGAGAGUCGAACCCGAUUACUGCGCCCUAUUAUCCAACAGCCGACCGGCACCCGUAUUACGUAGGUGCUACAGCGCCGGCUGCCCACGCAUCGUAUCCUGUUACCUCAUGGACGACAACCGCUUCGGCGCAGCCCCAAAUCUAA